AUGAGUUCGUUCAGCACUCGCGCCCUGACCCUGCUCUCCUCUGUGUUCGGGGCGUGUGGGCUCCUCCUGGUGGGCGUGGCUGUCUCUACAGAUUACUGGCUGCUGAUGGAGGAGGGAAUCGUACUCCAGCAGAACCAGACCACGGAGGUGAAGAUGGCUCUGCACUGUGGGCUCUGGAGGGUCUGCUUCGUCGCAGGUCCGGAGAAGGGCCGGUGUGUAGCGUCGGAGUAUUUCACUGAACCUGAGAUCGAGAUCACCACAGAGAACACAGCCAACAUCCUCAAAAUGGUGCGCACUGCCACCCCGUUCCCCAUGGUGUCUCUGCUGUUCGUGUUCACGGCGUUCGUCAUCAGUAACAUCGGACACAUCCGCCCCCAGCGCACCAUCCUCGCCUUCGUCUCCGGAAUCUUCUUCAUCCUCUCAGGUCUGAGUCUGGUGGUGGGCCUGGUGCUUUACAUCUCCAGUAUAAACGAUGAGGUGAUGAAUCGUCCUCGAGAAGCAGAACAGUUCUUCCACUAUCACUACGGCUGGUCCUUCGCCUUCGCCGCCUCCUCCUUCCUGCUCAAAGAGGGGGCAGGCGUCAUGUCCGUGUACCUCUUCAUGAAGCGUUACGCAGAAGAAGAGCUGUACCGACCCCACCCCGCUCUCUACCGCCCCCGCAUGUCCGACUGCAGCGACUACAGCGGCCAGUACCUGCACCCGGACUCCUGGCCCCCGCCCAAGAGGGGCCGCAGCGCUUCCGACGUCUCCUCGGACAUCUCCAUCCAGCUCACCCAGACCCCGCCCCCUCAGCAGCAACAGGCCACGCCCCCUUCCUCGUCGGGCCCCUCGUCGGCAGCCAGCUACCAGCUCCAGCCCGCGUCUUCCUCCUCUUCGUCGUCGUACCCGCCGCACCCUCUGCACCCGGGGGCGACACCGAGCACCUCCACCCUCCCCCGAGCGUCCCACCCGCAGCACCCGCACCCCAGCGGACCGCCACCCCAGUCCAUACCGCUACAACCGCCGGCCGCCGUGCCUCCCCCGCGCUACCAAGCACACAUGCGGAUGAGCGCGUCACCAUGCUAG